ACAGAUGCGUUCAAUAUCGGUGGAAUCUACCAAACGCAAAGCUUGUCGAGUUGUUUUAUCUUUCGUUGCUUUGUUUUCUUUGUUUGUUGUUGUUUCAUUAAGUCCUUCAUGGUUCUCUAGCUUUGGUCAAAACAAACUGGAAACCCUUGCUGAAGAUUCUUGGAUGACUGGAGAAGAAAGUGGCUUUGAAAUAUUUGGAAUCAACAGAAGGGAUAGGUUGGAUAGGUGGAGAAAGUUCCAAAGAAAUGUUGAGAAUAAAAUUCAGCACCACGUACAUAGAGUAGAAGCUGUAGAGAUGGAGAGGAAUUGGACCAGUUGGUUGUCCCCUCGUGCUGCUGUCACUAUAUGGAGACCAUAUCGAGGCAAUCAUGAAGAUAUUGCCAAUUGGAAUGCCGUGAGUUGCUAUCUUACUCAUCGAAAGGUAUGGCAACAAGUUGCACAGUUUCAAAGGCCAGGUAUCGUGUUUGAAGAUGAUGCAGUCAUUCGAAGGAACCAUCUAGUGCGAUAUCGGUUUUUAGCGGAACUUGAACAAGUAUUCUCUCAAAUUCCCAAAGCAGUUAUUUUUUUAGGUUACUUAUCGACGCAAUCUUUGGAAGGUUUUCCUUGGGUACCUGUGACUCAAGUGUCUCAACAUUAUUUGGAUAUCACUGGCAAUUCAGUGAUGGGCACACAUGCUUAUGCUAUUUCUCCUCAAGCAGCGGCGUUUCUGUUAAAUGCCUCUCUUCCAGUGGAAGUACAAAUCGAUGCCUUUAUAUGCAACACUGCUUUCCUUUAUCCACACGAGUUGCAUAUUUUAGUGCGUCGCAAAUCCAAGUUUCAACAAGCGUUUCAUGUGAGUGAUAUUCAAUCCAUUUGUUUUCGAUGUCUUUUUCCGUACGAGACUCCGAAAUAUUUCAUUGCUAUAGCCAUUUUCGUAGUCGUUACGAUAGUGGUUGGUUGCCUCCAUAUUCCUCUUACAAAGAGACAAGCUAUUUGCCAAUAUUUGUUGAAACGUUAUCCUAAUAUUUCUUGUUAUUGGUUGAAAGAUGAUAUUUACAGAUGGUUAUCACUUUUACAGCGGAAGAGAAUGGGCUUCUGGGAUAGAGAAUAAUAUCCAAUGUAUUGCAUAGAAAUGGAAUUGAAUUUUCAACAAUAUAAAAAGGAUUUUUCGGAA